GUAUUCAUUUCUCCGGUCAUAAUCUAAAAAACUACGACCAGCUUUACUAGCGGCAGUGAAAAGUGAUGGAUUUGAUACACAAUUUCUUAAACAUUGUUUCUGUUAUUAUAUCGGUCAUCUCAUUUAUCUUCAUCUUGCCGAUACUUUCAUUAUUCCGCAUAUUGAGGUUUUGCAUCAGAUCUGUAUCCCAGGACAAACUCGCCGGAAAAGUAGUGCUUAUUACAGGAGCUUCUUCUGGUAUCGGCGAGCAUUUGGCGUAUGAGUACGCGAAACAUGGAGCAAGUUUAGCGCUGGUUGCGAGAAGAGAGGAUCUGCUAGCGGCGGUUGCCGGGAAAGCAAAGGAGCUGGGAGCACCAAAGGUGAUUGUGAUCAAGGCGGAUGUUUCGAAGCUUCAAGAUUGCAAGAGACUUGUCGAUGAAACGAUCAACCAUUUUAGAAAAUUGGAUUAUCUUAUAAACAACGCCGGAAUAGUUAAAAUUUGCCUCUUCGAAGACAAAAGAUUCAUUGCCGAUCACGCUUCAAUCAUGGAUGUAAACUUCUGGGGAUCAAUUUAUGCCACACAUUUCGCACUUCCAUAUUUGACAAAGCGUAAAGGACGAAUAAUUGUGAUAGGUUCUACCGGCGGAUGGUUCAAUAUGCCUGGAAUGAGUGUGUACAACGCAAGUAAGGUAGCACAACAAAGUUUCUUUGAAACACUACGAAUCGAACUUGCUUCGAACAUUAGGAUAACAAUGGUAACUCUUGGGAUAGUCGCUACGCCAUUAGCUAAGGAUGAAGUCUUAGAUAAGGGAAAAUUGCGGUGGAUCCCAAGGUACUCCGUAGAAGGUUGUGCUAAAGCAAUUGUAAACAGCGCUAGGCGAGGAGAAGAAUACUUGACUGCGCCUACAUGGAUGCAAUCCGUAUUUCUAGGGAUCAUGUUGUUGCCAGAGAUAAUGAAUAUAGUCAAACAGUAUUUCUCCAGAAUCUGCAAACCGAAGCACAAGCGACAAUAUCUCUUCUAG